ACGCAGACGCGCGCAGGUUCCGGGCCGCGCCCACCGAGGAUCCUGCAGUGGCAGGCCCGCCAUGGAGCACAUCCGCACGCCCAAGGUUGAAAAUGUCCGCUUGGCAGAUCGAGUAUCUUCUAAAAAACCAGUUGUGGGUACUUUGUACUUGACAGCUACUCAUGUGAUAUUUGUGGAAAAUGCACCUGACACAAGAAAAGAAACAUGGAUUCUUCACAGUCAGAUUUCCACCAUUGAAAAACAGGCAACAACGGCUACUGGCUGUCCCCUGCUGAUCCGCUGCAAGAACUUCCAGGUCAUUCAGCUCAUCAUACUGCAGGAGAGAGAUUGUCAUGAUGUAUACAUUUCUCUGAUACGCCUCGCAAGGCCAGUGAAAUAUGAGGAGUUGUACUGCUUUUCGUUCAACCCCAAGCUGGAUAAAGAAGAAAGGGAACAAGGCUGGAAGCUGAUUGAUCUUGGUGAAGAAUACAAGCGAAUGGGCCUCCCUAAUGACUACUGGCAGCUCAGCGACGUGAAUAGAGACUACAGAGUUUGUGACUCUUUCCCUACUGAACUGUAUGUUCCCAAAUCAGCCACGGCACACAUCAUCCUGGGGAGUUCCAAAUUCCGGAGUAGACGGCGGUUUCCUGCCCUUUCUUACUACUAUAAAGACAACCACGCCUCCAUCUGCAGGAGCAGCCAGCCCCUGUCCGGCUUCAGUGCUCGCUGCUUGGAGGACGAGCAGAUGCUGCAGGCCAUCAGGAAAGCCAAUCCAGGAAGCGACUUCAUUUACGUCGUGGACACUCGUCCUAAACUUAAUGCAAUGGCAAACCGUGCUGCAGGGAAAGGCUAUGAGAACGAAGACAAUUAUUCCAAUAUCAAGUUUCAGUUUAUCGGGAUAGAAAACAUCCAUGUCAUGAGGAACAGUCUGCAGAAAAUGCUUGAAGUUUGUGAACUUAAAUCUCCUACCAUGAGUGACUUCCUGUGGGGUCUGGAGAACUCUGGCUGGUUAAGGCACAUUAAGGCCAUUAUGGAUGCAGGAAUCUUUAUUGCAAAGGCAGUCUCAGAGGAAGGGGCAAGCGUGCUUGUUCACUGCUCCGACGGCUGGGACAGGACUGCCCAGGUGUGCUCGGUGGCUAGCCUCCUGCUGGACCCGUACUACCGCACUCUGAAGGGCUUCAUGGUAUUAAUUGAAAAAGACUGGAUUUCUUUUGGCCAUAAGUUUACUCACAGAUACGGUAAUCUAGAUGGUGACCCUAAAGAAAUCUCUCCAGUCAUUGACCAGUUCAUUGAGUGUGUCUGGCAGCUAAUGGAACAAUUUCCCUGUGCCUUUGAGUUCAAUGAGAGGUUUUUGAUUCACAUUCAACAUCACGUUUACUCCUGCCAGUUUGGAAACUUCCUAUGUAACAGCCAAAAGGAAAGACAGGAACUCCAAAUUCAAGAAAGAACAUACUCUUUAUGGGCACAUUUGUGGAAGAAUCGGGCUGAUUACCUGAAUCCACUGUUUAGAACCGAUCACAGUCAGACCCAGGGAACCCUCCAGCUCCCGACAACACCAUGCAACUUCAUGUACAAGUUCUGGAGUGGAAUGUAUAACCGCUUUGAAAAGGGGAUGCAGCCGCGACAGUCAGUCACAGAGUACCUUAUGGCAGUGAAGGAAGAGACGCAGCAGCUGGAGGAAGAGCUUGAAGCCCUGGAAGAGAGGUUGAAGAAAAUUCAGAAAGUCCAGUUAAAUCACACUAAGGUGAAGAGUAAGCCAAGUGAACCCAGCAAACACUCAGGGUUUUCUACCUCAGACAACAGCACAGCCAACACUCCCCAGGACUACAGUGGGAACAUGAAGUCUUUUCCAUCCAGGAGCCCUUCACAAGGUGAUGAAGACUCGGCCCUGAUCCUAACCCAAGACAACUUGAAAAGCUCAGAUCCAGAUCUGUCAGCCAACAGUGACCAGGAGUCCGGGGUCGAGGACUUGAGCUGUCGGUCUCCGAGCGGUGGUGAGCAUGCGCCCAGUGAGGACAGCGGCAAGGAUCGGGAUUCUGAUGAAGCGGUGUUUCUCACCGCCCGAGUUUCCCCUUAGGACUUACAAAACAAAGGACACAUACGACACACUUCCAAAAGCAAGGGAACAGUGCAAUUCAUGAUACAAAUAACUCAAGAAAUGCUGUGUCUCAAGAAUUAUAAAAUGCAGUUAUAAAAAGGGAAACACUUAAGUUUCUUAAAAGAAAGUAACCAUUUCUUUUAUCAAAUAUAAGGAAAAUCAUUAACCAUUUCAAAACUCAUCCUAAACCAUGAAACUUGUAUUCAUUACAGAG